CUCACAGAGAUGGAGAGGGAACCGGAGAGAGCAGCCCAGCCGAGCCCCUCUUCUGAUGAGGAGGCCUUGGAUUUGAGGCAGAAGCCUGUGCUGGCAGAAGACGAACUCGAGGGCAGUGUCAAUCUGCAGCAGUGGAAAGCACAGCAGCUGCAGCGCCUGGCUGAGGAGUUGAAGGCAGAGUGGCAGGAGGCCAGACUACAGCAGGUCAGGGACAUGGGACGCCUCUACCUAACCCAUCUGUUGGAUGAAGCGACAGGGCUGCCCGUGGGAAGCGACCUCGAUGUGGGCGAAUACAACCAGAGAGGAACGACAAGACACGUGAGGGCUAAGGAGAGAAACAGAGCGGCUUUUAGAGAGGAGAAAGGCCGCAGGGAAGAGUACCCCAGACAGCACCCCAAGUCCAGGAAAAAAGCAACAUGCUCAGAGAGACAGGGUUCUACCAAAGCCCGGGGCCCGAACUUCAGUGAGAAGGGCAAAGGGAGACGCAUGCCUUCAAGUAAGAGCAAUAGUGGCUGCCAGCCCUUGGGCCCUCGGGCGGGCAGGGUGGCAGACCUGGCAAGGCUCAGCCCGCUCUUAACGAGUGCUGAGGAAGCUGAGUGCAUGGAAGAAGUACAGAAGGCAACGGGCUGGGAGAGGAGGCGGCCGAUAGGAAGUGGGGCUCCACGAUUCGCUCAGAGCAUAAGUCAGGGCAGCUCCAGGGGCCGAAGAAGGAGGCAGGACAAAACAGCUGACCUAGACCAGCCCCCCAGCCCCACCUUCAAACAGGAGGCCACACCCCAGUGGGCUCCGCGCAAAUACAGCGGUAAAAAUCAGUGGCACAAAGAGAUCGAGUCUGCCUUCGAAGAACUGUUUAACACGAACAGAAAGCUGAAGAAACAUCUGGAUUUGCACCUUGACCAGAGGCUCAAGGCAGACUGGAACCCGGAUGAGCAGCAGAGCUGCUUGGAGACUCAGGACGAGAACGAGAACAGCCGGAGAGAGGAGAGUGCCGAAGCCGAAGAGACGGAAGCUGCUUGCGAGGAUGAGUCUGGGAGCCCCGCGGAGGUGGAGGCCCACGAGUCGUGGUCCAAAACCAACCUGAAGCAGCUGCUGAGCGAGGACGAAUGCCCCGGCCACUACCAACAACUGGCAAAGCACCCAUCGAAGAAGGAAAGCCUGAUGCCUGCCCCCGUGGCAGGAGCGUCUAGCGAACAGGAUGACUCCUCAGAAAGCCCAGAGUCAGGAAAGGAGCCACCCAAGGUGGCCACCGAGGAGGAGGAGGAGCAGGUGGACUCUGUAGCAAGCUGGAUGGCUUUAAGGCAGAAGCAGAAGGCGGAGCUGGAGCAGAGGCGACAAAAGAUGCUGUUGGGGCAGACAGAACACCCCGACAUGAGCUUGGAAAUCCAUUACAAGGCCGAGCUGGAGGAAGAACGCAGGGAGCGCAGGAGGAUGCGCUUGGCCAUCCUCAAGGCUUAUAACACUGGCUUCCAGCCCCCGUCCACUGUCCAAAACACUCCCCUGGACAGUGGCCUUCUUGAUGAGGAAAAGCAGAGCCAGAUGAUCCGAAACCUUCAGCAGCAGAUUCUAGAGCAGAACAAGUUACACAAGCAGUUUUUGGAAAAAGCCAGGAAACGCUUAGAGGAGUUUCAAAAAACAUUUUAAAGGCAGAACCCACCCGCGAUAAAUACAUCCCUGUUGGCCGCUUUGCCUGCACCGUGCCUG